UUUUGGAAAUCUGAGUUUGAUAAUUUUAGGUGUUUGUCGAAUCAGAAUAAAUGUUAUGUUUUUAUUCUACCUACAUACUUUCCACAAAAAUUAGGCCGUUUAAUAUCAUACAUGCGUGGACGUUUCACCAUCGCCGCCGCCACAAGCGCUACAUCCGCCAGCUAGAGGCCCCGCGAUCAGCUGUCACGUACACUUGACGUGAACACAAACAAAUCAAAGGGGGUGCUAUGCCCUUAUCGUCAUGAACGGGACGUUCUAUGAGCAGCUGGGGUGCGUGGCCGGGAUGUUCGAGCAGUGGGGCACCUGCGAGCGGACCGUGGUCGCCUGCGCUCUGGCCAAGCGCGUGCCCUGGCCGGGUCUGCGGCUGGUGCAGAGGACUGUGGAGGCGGCGCUGCAGAGCCGCGUCGAGGACGAGCGGUUGGAGCGGGACGCUAACGAUGAUACGCAUGUGGCCAGCCUCCUUGCCGCCAGAGCUGACGACGAUGACGAAGAAGAGCGUCUCCGUCAACUGCUAACCCUGCUACCUCUCCUGCGGACGGACAACGAGCGCACCAAGUGCGUGUACGUGAGCGCGGUGCCGGCGCUGGUGCAGCGCUGCGUGGACGCGCCGCGGCGGUGCGCGCCCGACCUGUGCCGCCAGCUGCUGUCCUACAUGCUGGUGCACCCCGCUCUCACCGUGCACGACCACACUACCCUCACACAAUGGCUGCGGUUUUUGGAGAAUCACAUGUCCGGAAACCGAACAACGGAGGCAGUGUGGCAGCAGAAGAUAGAACCGUGUCUAUUCUCUCACAGCAAUAUAUGGGGCGAGAACAACAGCUUCCGAAGAACUAUUGGCAAGAACAUAGAGUUCAAAGGCCUUCUAGAUUCUAUAGAGCAAUCCAUAUACUCAGAUAUCCUGCAAGAGUCAUUCUCCAAGAACGGCAGAGAUGUAGACUUGAGCCUGGAGGGGGACAUGCUAAGCUUUGACCCAGCAAUCAUACAACCCAAGUCACAGAGAUCUAACAGUCUUACUCCCCCAUCUACGAAUAUGAUGCACAUGUCUUCAUCAGCUGAGAAUUUAAAUGAUGAGUCCUUCGUUCAGAAGCCUAGAAGUUUUUCCCUGUCGAGUGAGCAUAGCCUUGGACAGCUCAGACCAAUGAUCAUGUAUGGGACGACUGGCAGUGAAACUCGAUUGGAUGAUCUAAGACUGAACAACUUCACGGAGCACCCGGGAAUGUCGACUGUGGGUCAAUGGCUCAAAAGUCUCCGUCUACAUAAAUAUGUGUGGUUGUUUACCAACAUCAGCUACGAGCAAAUGAUGGCGAUUGAUGAGGAGUAUUUGGAGAAACUAGGUGUAACAAAAGGCGCGCGGCACAAGAUCCUCCUCUCCAUACGCAAGCUGCACGAGCGCGGGGCUGUCCUCGACGCGGUGCGGGCGGAGCUGCGCGCGGCGGGCGGGGCGGCGGGCGCGGCGGGGGGCGUGACCCGCGCGCUGGAGCGACUACGCGGCGUGCUGCUGUCGCCUAUGCCGCCUGCAUCCGACCUGCCCGCUGCCGUAGUUGAGGCACUCGAACUGGCGUCGGCGUGUCUCGGCGGCGCCGGCGCGGAGGAGCCCGAGGUGGAUCCCAUGUCGCUGCACUGCUGGCUCGUUGAGAAGGCACUGCACCACUCGUCGUUCCGCGGCGCGGAGACGCAGGCGGCGCUGCGGCGGCUGCGGCACCGCCUGCCGCCGCGACAAUUCUUCAGCCACGUCAGCGACAUGCCGCUGCGACGACACACCAAGCCCAGGUGGCGCGGCCCGCAGUACCCUACACGCCAUGUUAAGCGGUGGGUGGGGCGGGGCAAGUCGCACUCGUACCCGCCCUUCCCGCCCGUGCCGCCGGGCGCCGUGCUGCCGGGCGGCGCUCCGCCCCCCGGACCCGUCGACUACUCCGGCCUCGACGCGCUCUGCCUGCAGAUGACCGAGCAGGCUAUCAAUUAACCCGCCGAGUGAAAGACCUGUGAGGGUCGAAGAGACCCCGUUGAGGGUUGAUAAGACCCUAAGUGAUGUGUAGUUUUCAAAAUUAUGGAUGACUGACGUCACCAAAAAACUCACAAAAGGCUCUACACGACCCCAUGUAUCGGUAAUCCGCCGACUUGGACCCCACGAAGUCGAAAGAUCCUUUAAUAGGGUCGAUAUAACCCCAUAAACUAUGGGGUCAAAUAAGUGACGUGAAAUCGAGUCGAAAAGGUCUCGCAAUGAAUGACGUCGUAAGACGUACGAGUGACUUGUAUUAUACUAAAAAAUAGUAGUUGGCAGCGUGUGUUGCGGGUUCCAAAAGCCGGGUCUAUAUGACCCCAUUGACGUGAAACGAAAUUGGGUGUGGGUCCCAAAUGAACUAUUAGCUUCCUUCUGGAUGGAUGCUAGGGACUAGACGCCCAACGACGUUAUAUUGAAGGCCGCUCCAAAUUUUGGUUCCGGUAAACGAUAGUUUGAGUAAACGGAUUGUAUUGUCAGUCAACAUCGGCGUCGUAGCUUUUUCUUCGUUUCGGUUAGCGCACUUUGCAUACUCUCUAUAUGUUAUUUAGUUUGUCAAAUGACGAAUUUUAAAGCUGUUUUACUGUAUUGUAUGACUUAGCGACUAUUUGAUAUAGUUGUAUAUUCUUUACAGAAAACUUUAACUAGCCUAAAUAGUUUGUUCUUUCUUAAUGAAAUUUGUCAUUUGACUGGUCUAGCAUUCCACACUUUUGGACGCUGAUGUUGAUUGGCAAACAUUGGCGAAUUCUGCCAGCAGCCAGGCAAUUAUGUGGCUUAAAUCUGCUACAUACGUAAUGAUAAAAUUGUACAGUUUGGUCACCUAGACAAAAUAUGUGAAAGCUUUCUAUGUGCUCUAUCCGUCUAGUAUAAAUAUGAAGUCUACUCCAAGUGACCGAACUGUAAAGUUCAAUUGUUACCGUCUGUGGCGGCAUAGUAAAAAGAGGGGAAGUAAGUUAUAUUCAUACAUAGGCACCGCGCGCGGCUUGUAUGUGUGCGCUAUAGUAUCAAUGCGUCGCCACACGGUACACAACAAAAUCUAGGCCAGUUUUUGAGGCUGGUACC